ACUAGUACUGCUCUUAUCUUUGUUUCAUUGAUUAAACACUCAUUUCUUUGAGGACAGGAAUUAAAUAGUUUGAUCCUGUCAAUUCAAAUGGUGAUUACAGAUUGUUAUUAGGUUUCUUCCAUCUGGUGUAAAAUGAAACCCUAAUACAACACAACAGGGCUCACCUGAUUACUUGGCUCCUUUCAGGCCCAUCCAUCCCAAUUGUGGGCUAGCCCACACAUUUUUCCUGAUCGGCUCCUCCCUUCUCCUGAAUAACCAAGCAGAGACUCACUCAGUCUGUUGAAUCGACGGCGGGACUGAAAAGAUUCUCAGAAUGAGCCUUCUCCUAAGAAACGCCAUCAAAUCUAACUUCGCUCUCAAACCUUUCAAUGCUCUCCGCCAAUCUUCCCAACUUUUCUCCACCCUACCACCGCCACCUCCCCACCACCAGGACGAUCCAUCGCCAAUCGAUCCAUUUCUUCAAACUGCCGGCCAAGGUGUGGUGUAUGGGAAAUUGUUUGGUAUCACAAGACACACUUUGAAGACGGACGUUAUCAAUUUGCUCGGAGAAGGCUGUCAAUUAACCCCUGACGAUAUUAAGCUCACCUACGCAUCUUAUGACCCUGUUGCUGUGAUGAUUCAAUUCCCUACUCGUCAGGCAUUUGAUAAUGCUUUCAAGACUAUUGGAAAAAAGGGUCGCCUUCACAGACUGGAAAGGGCUGACCGUUCGCAGUGGGAUUAUAUCAUGCCUUAUGAUGGAAAAACUGUUUUACUUCAAGGAAUCCCUGAAUAUGCAGCCCCAGAAGAUGUAGAGCGCUUCCUGUCUGGUUGUGAAUUUGAUUCAUCCUCAAUCAGGCUGUUUAGGAGGCAAAGUGUACCAGAAGCCAUUAGAGUGGCACUGGUACGUUUUCAUACAAGGACUGCAGCAAUGAAUGCAUUCAUCACAAAGAACCAAGGCUUCUGUUCCAAUAAUAAAAUCUCAAUGCGAGUUCUCCAGUGAAGCUUCUUGCUCCACCUGUAGGCUAGUUUCUUUGGGAUUAUCCGCUUGAACAUCAUGUUUCCUGUAGGAUAUUUUAUAUGAGUUAAAGACUAUUGAUAUUUUCCUCUGAAUUUUUUCUGAUUUGUUCAGAACAUAUUAGUGCUUCAUGCUUUACUUAGAGCAGAAACCUUUUUGAUAUUCUGAUUUAAAAAAGAAAAAGUAAAAACCAACCGCUUGUAGUUGCGUAUGCUAAUAUGAUCGAAGAAAUUGAUAAUUAGAUGUUCGGCAUCGGUUCGGUCGGUCAUUUUGUUAUAUUGAUAUAUAUCUUAUGUUUCCUUU